CACCUAGCUCACUGUGUGCGCUGCACUUGGCCAGUGAUAACAGGGCCCUUGCUCAGUUCGCGGUGUUCACUACCAUCCGAGUGUGUGACUGUCGGUCGCGCACGUAAACACGCCCGCGGCCUGAUUUUCCUUCUCGUUCUUCCUCCGCUCGAGCUUAAUAUGCGGCGAUCGUUUUGUGUCACGCGGCCAGCCUAUUUCGCUCCUUGCUGAUACACUUUUCGCAAACACACCGAAAGCCACUGGAAAACACUAUGGUCCGAGAUAGACUCAAAGCGCUGCAAGCCACGCGCGAUGAACUGGAGGCUGCGGGGGAGCUGCCUGAGGUCACCGACCCGUACGUCUACGAGCAGCACAUCGACAUCGAUGAGGACGAGGAAAAUGAAGACAGUCUGCACAAGUUCUUCCUCAAGGCACAAACCGUGCGAUCAUGGAUUGAAACAGCCGAGAAUCACACAAAAGAAAUGCGCCGUCUGCAAAGCACAAUCCUCUCGUCGCCAAGGCCGGACGAGCUGGCAAAAACGGAGCUGGAGGAUAGAAUGGCCGCAAUCAAAAUGACUUCGAACCAAAUUCGAGUUGCACUGAAAGAGUUGGCCGAGAGCGUCGCAAGGGCAGAGGUGAAAGCGAACGGUCGACCCUCGGCGACAUUGCGAAUCAGGAAGACGCAGUACCAGGCGCUGUCCAGGGUUUUCUCCGAUACCUUGAUCGCUUACAAUACAUCCCAGCUCAAAUACAGAGAGGAUUGCAAGGAACGCAUCCGCAGACAAUUGCGAAUUGCAAACAGGGAGACAACUGACGAUGAGCUGGAAAAAAUGCUUGAGAAUGGCGACGUUGCGGUUUUCACAGGCGACAUUGUAGUUCAGACGCAGGAAGCAAGGCAAGCUCUGGCGGAUGUUGAGGCGCGCCACAAAGAGAUUAUGAAACUCGAGAAAAACAUCAUGGAAUUGCGUGACCUUUUCAUUGAAAUGGCUUCGCUCGUGGCUACCCAGGGUGAUAUGAUUGACAGAAUAGAAACACAUGUAUUAAGUGCAGGCGAGGCGGUUUCCGAAGCAGCAAAGCAAACGAAAAAAGCUGUUGUUUACAGAAGCAAAGCCAGGAAGAAAAAGAUCAUCAUAAUAGCAGUGCUGAUUGUGAUACUCAUCAUAGUGGCCCUAAUUAUCGUGUUCAGUGUUGUGCCAAUGCCGUCAAGCAAAGGAAGCACCAGCAGUACGAGUAAUUGCGGCGCCUCUGGGUGCUCCACACUUUCAGCCACAACCCUACGGCCAGUUCGGAGCUAAUUGUGUAUGUUAAAGUGGCAACUUAUGUGAAUUGUGGUUCCUAAUCUAGUCAAUAAGUUUGCGUUCAACGAACUUUUUCAUUUAUAAUAAUUUUAUUUUUUCAAGAUAAUUAGACAAAGAAAAUUGUUUAAAAAAUUAAAUAAAACAAAAUAUUUGUGUGGAA